ACGUUCUUAUUCCUCUUAUCCGCAAGAAGUACUGGUGCUGGUGUGGCUUCUGAGCUUUGUGUCCCUUGUCUAAUGGCGUUGGCCACAGGUAGUUGUAGUUGUAGCGGUGCUAGAAUCCUCUCCGGUCAAUCCAUCGGAGCUCCAUACACCUCCGUCAUUCGCUCUUCUCACUUCACUCUCCCAUUCUCUGUUAGAAAACUUCACAUAGUUUCGGCAAAGAGGUUUUCGCCCCGUACUGGAAGGUUGGAUAAGAGCCGAAGGGGCUCUGUCACCACCGAAGACCAAGAAGACCAGAGAGCCGACGAGAUUCAAGACGUCGUUGAUAACGCCGAUGACGGCUAUUUCUUGCCGGAGCUUCCCGGCGACAAACCGGACUUCUGGGAAGGCCCGCAGUGGGAUGGUCUCGGCUUUUUCGUGCAGUAUUUGUGGGCCUUCGGUAUUGUUUUCGCGUUAAUUGCUUGUGGGAUCGCUGUGGCAACAUAUAAUGAAGGGGCAACGGAUUUCAAGGAGACUCCUGCAUACAAAGAAUCCGUCCAGACUCGAGAACUUUUGGAAGAACCUGAAGAAUCAAACCCAGAUGUGUUUGAGUCCAAUCCAACAGAGGUGGCUCCCAGUUUGGAGUAGUUCUAUUCUUUAGAUAUCGUAAACACAGUGUGUUGGGCCAAUGAAUUCAGACAUGAAGCAUGGCGCUAAGUUUGUAAAGCAAUGCUUCUUUUUUUUUUUUUUUCAUGUAUUAUUGUCCCUAUCUUUGGCAUUUCCCAUAGUAUUAUGAAAUAUUGAGUUACUGUGGGGUUUUAUGUGCCAUGAACAUUCUGAAACUGAAAUGGUCUGAAAAAAUAGUGAAGAAAAGUUAUCUACUUAA